AUGUGGGAAAAUCGUCGUCACUUGUCAGUACACGCCCACCUCGAACAACCCCUGAUUCCCAUCAAAGUGUUAAAACACAAUGAGCCCAUAGCACACACAAUUGUUGCCAAUCUGAAGAUCCUCUCAUCUCCAGAAGCGGAUUGCCCAUGCUAA